UCAUUAUCCACCAAAUAUCUUCAGCUAAACAUUGUCCUUGUCAUUCAUCCAAGCUCAAGUCAUGGAAGCUCAAGCUUCUCUUCCACUUCCUAAUCACACCAUCAAAGAGCUCUCUAAGUCUCAAGCCUUCACCUCCUCCAUCCCUUCCUACUACCAUGCUUUGCGAAAUCCCGACGAAGAGCUCCGGCCGGAGGAUUUCACCGAUGAAGAGAUUCCGGUCAUCGACUUCUCAUUACUCGUCGGAGGAACGGCAAUGGAAAGAGCUGAAGUUAUCCACCACCUUUGCAUGGCUUGUAGUGAAUGGGGCUUCUUCAUGGUUGUGAACCAUGGAAUACCAAAGAGAUUAAUGGAUGAAACGCUUGAUGCUUUCGAGAAUUUUUUCAAUCAAAAUGAAGAAGAUAAGAAUGAAUACCUUGGCAAGCAUGUGCUAGAUCCAAUUAGAUUUGGUACUAGCUUCAAUACUUCCGUGGAUAAAACUAGGUAUUGGAGAGACUAUCUCAAAGUAUUUGUAAAUCCAGAGUUUCACUCUCCUGCAAAACCUUCUGGUUUCAGAAAUAUAUUAUUUGAGUAUGCAGCAUACACAAGAGAGAUCGGAAAAGAGCUACUCAAGGCAAUAUGGGAGAGCUUGGAACUCAAAACCGAAGAUAUUGAAGUAGCCUUAGACUUUAGUUCUUGCUUCCAAAUCAUCGUCGGGAACUUGUACCCUCCAUGCCCUCAACCAGAGCUAGCACUCGGUAUUCCGGCACACUCUGACCAUGGUCUUCUCACCAUACUACUUCAAAAUGGCAUCAAUGGCCUCCAAGUGAAGCACAAAGGCAAAUGGCUCCAUGUCAAGCCUCUCCCAAACUCAUUCCUUGUGAACACAGGGGACCACAUGGAGAUAGUCAGUAAUGGGAGGUACAAGAGUGUGCUUCACAGGGCUGAGGUGAAUGAAAAAAGUACAAGAAUGUCCAUAGUCAGUUUAAUAGGGCCAUCACUUGAGGCCAUUGUUGCACCAGCACCACAACUAGUGGACCUUGAUCAUCACUUGUCAUUCAAUGCCAUGAGGUAUAAAGAUUUCAUGCAGCAACAACAAGCCAACCCACUCAAGGAAAAGUCUAUUUUGGAUCUACUCAGAGUGAGGGAUGAUUAAUGAGUUUUGGUGAAAUACUUUGUUUCAUAAGAGUUUUUUCGAGUGCAUGUUCGUGUGUAUAUCAAGUCUUUGCAAUGUUGAAACAUGUAUUUCAAUUAAUUAUGAA